AUGGUGUUCCAAUGGCAUCUCUCAGUUUUCUCUCUCUUCUCCUUGUUCUUCUUCAUUGUCUUCCUUCUCAAAUGGUUUUUCAACACUCCAAAAACCCAAGAAAACCUACCUUCUUCCCCACCUAAGCUUCCAAUUAUCGGUAACCUUCACCAGAUUGGGUUAAUACCUCACCGCUCGCUCCGAGCAUUAGCUCAACGUUAUGGCCCACUCAUGCUGCUUCACCUCGGCGGUGUCCCAGUGCUCAUAGUCUCCUCAGCCGAUGCAGCCCACGAAAUCAUGAAAACCCAUGACCUGAUAUUCUCAAACAGACCCAAAUCAAGCAUUGCCAGUAGACUUGUCUAUGACUCUAAGGACAUAGCAUUUGCUCCUUAUGGAGAGUAUUGGAGGCAGGUGAAAAGCAUAUGUGUGCUCCAACUUUUAAGUAACAGGAGGGUUCAGUCAUUCAAAAACGUCAGAGAAGAAGAAACAGCACUUAUGAUUCAGAAAAUUAGGCAGAACUGUUCUUCUUCUUCUUCAGUUGUGAAUUUGAGUGAGAUUUUAAUAUCACUUACGAAUGAUGUGGUUUGUAGGGUGGCGUUGGGAAGAAAGUACAGUGGAGGGGGAGAGGUUAUGGAAUUGUUGGGGGAGUCUGCGCAAUUAUUGGGUGUUUUUAAUGUUGGGGAUUAUAUCCCAUGGCUUGGGUGGAUGAAUCGUGUAAAUGGUUUGGAUGCUAAAGUAGAGAAAGUAGCUAAAGGGCUUGAUGAAUUUCUGGAGGGUAUUGUUAAGGACCACACGGAGAGGAAGAAAGGAAAGAAUGAUGGUGGUGGUGGUGAUAGUGUUGAAGAAGGGACAGACUUUGUGGAUAUUUUGCUUGAAAUUCAGAGAGAGAAAAUGACUGGCUUUUCUAUUCAUAGAGAUACCAUUAAAGCCCUUAUCAUGAUCACUUAUCAACACUGCUUUUGGUGUCUUGCAAGUUUUGAGUCAGUUGGUAUGGCCUCUAGGAAAGAAUCCAUGUAG